AGCAAAGGUAAGGACUUCCCUUGUUCGUAAUGACCUUCCAUUUUUGUUUGUGGAUUAUAGAAAGCAAACGCAAUCUACAAAAAGGAACAUUUUGCUUUGAGCCUCUGACAACACAAUUGACAACGUGCAGCCAUAACAUGAGCAGGCAUUAUUUUCCCUGAUUAAACUGGUGUGUAUGUGACCAUGCCUGCGAGGGAAAGAUAAAGGGCAUCUGUGUUCAUCCGAGGCAAAUACUUCGGCCAAGACUGGAAGAAGGAAACCAAUAAUGUGAUUAAAAGGCCUCAGCAGUGUGCUCAGUUUUGUGGGUUAAAUAAAGAGAGUACUUCUCGCCUUCAUAGUCUGGUUUGAAUCUAAGGUUUUUUUCAAGCAGCUACAAAAUAAAGUAAUGGCAUCUGGAGAAGUAGGUGAAGCCUCCGCAGUUCACGGAAGCCUCCUUCCACAUUGGUCACAUCCAGAAAUCAAGACUCCAAGAAAGAGGAAGGUGACUCUCAAGUGUAUUUGGAAAGUGUUCUGCACUGCCGCGUCUUGUGCCAUAAGUAUGAUAAAAGAGAUUUUCAAAUCCCAUGGCUGGCGUGGCCCCAGGCAUGAAAGUUAUGAAGAAAAAUAUGAACGCCGGCAGGAAAAGCGAGAAAACCUGCGCAGAAGGAGGAACAAGACCACAUGCCGUCUCACGGAUAAACGGCAGAGCAAAGAGGCCAAGGAGCUACUUCAAAGACGCCGAGAAAAAGUGAUCCUCAGAAGAAGAAAUUUAACAAUGGAGGGGCCAGGAAGUAAGGAAGUGCAUUUGACUCCUGGCACAGACAUGCCCCUGGUUCCUGAGAACAGACCUGGAGAUUUGGGGGAGAGAUCAGCAUAUCUGAGAUCAUUGCCUGCUAACCAGGAGUUUGGGGAUAACUGUACCUCUCAGCUUCAUACCAAAUCUGUGCAGCAUAGCUUCACUGACACUUUUGCACAUGGCAGCUUGAGCUCCUCUCUAGAAAACAUGUUCAUGGUGAAAGUUUACAAAACCUGCAAAGGUACCCAAACCACAGAUGAGUUGAGUACAGUAAAGAAAAGCUCAGGCCAACAGACAGAUUGUGGAACAGCAGUUUUAGAUAAGGAGAUUAUUCAACUUUCUAACUACCUCAAGGAGGCACUUCAUCGGGAGCUACUGCUGAAGCAGAAGAUGGCCAUCUUACAGGAACUUCUUGCCGCGUUGCUGCAAGCAGCAGAAAAGUCUUGGAAGGGUCAGCUAAAUGAAGACAAACUCAAGUGCAGGCUAGGUGCCCUGGAGAAUCAAUUGCAGACAUGCACCCAGAGUCACUCAAAGCGGAGCUUAAAGAGGAUUCUGCUGGAGAUGGAAGAUCAAAAGCAGAACUAUGAGCUGAAAGCGAAAGAGUCUCUUCAGAAACUCCUUGAGGAGAAACUGCAGGUGGAAGGGCAGCUUCAGAAUGCCCAGAGAGCCCUAGCUGUUGCAGAAGAAGACUGUGCCCUCUGGAAAGAACACUACAACACAUUAAAUGAAGACUGGAGCCAGCUGACUGACAAGCACAUUGAACUGGAAAACAAUCUUCAUGUCCUGGAGAACAAACUUCAGUGGUCUGACAACCAGAACUUUCAGCUGCACCAAGCCCUGCAGAGCUCUGAGACUGAACGUGCCCAGCUCUAUUCCAGAAUUAAUAAUCUGCAAGAAGACUACAAGGUCACAAUUGAGUGUCUCAGUGUAGUGGAAGGCAAGCUGCGAAGUGAAGAGAGAGAUAAGCUGCAGCUGGAGGCAACAAUUAAACAUUUACACAAUGGGAUGCAGAAUCAGUCCAGUUCGGGAAGAUGAGAUGCAAAGAACUCAUCUAAACUAGUAGUGGGACUUCUGGGCAUCUGGGAUUUUGUGACUGGUACUCUAAGAACCACUCCUCACAGGAUAGGAGUGUGCUCUCAGAUUAAGAACCACAAAUAGAAGCAUUCCACAUAGUGUGUACAGUAUUGUUACUGGUCUGCAAAAGGCUGCUUGAAAUAUAUAUCACUGUUAGAAAUUUUCGCCUCCAUUGGCAUGCAGCUGUAUCUAUUGGAGCAAGCUUUUAUUGGAGCAAGCUUCUUGUACAAUAAAUGAUUUUUGCUCAAACGUUGAUGUCCACUUUUUUUUGUUUUUCAAAGUAGUUUUUAUUAAAGAUUUUAUUGGGUUACAAAAGUACGUGCAUUGUCUCUAUUUUCAGGUCACAGAGAUAUUUCACCAGAUCAGUUACACUCAGUGUGAGGCAUUAAUGUUUUAUAUAGUACAGUAUAAGGUUCUUUGUUGAUUUUACCACAUUGCUGAUUUUUUUAUUUUAAAAAAUUAAACUACGAAGUGUAAACAGAGGAGAGCACACUGGUGCUGUGAUGCCUGCUGAGAUUCCCAGAUAGCUCAGAGAAUUGUGAAAGUAUCCAUUUUGUUCUGUAGCUAGCAGGUCUGGACUCAGCUCAGCCAGAACCAAACAGUCCAAAGACCCUGAAGGGGAGAUAGA